ACCCACUCGAGCUGCAUCACAAUUUCUUCCCUUCCUUCCUUAUAUAUUAUGAUAAUGCUUUGUACAAAAACACUAUUCCUAUUUCAUGCUUUGCUUUGCUUUUGAGCAACAACGAGAAUCAUUAAAUUCCCAUCAUCAUCAUCACUAAUGAGCAACACCCAACACCUGAAGACUGAUGUCGAUCCAAAACAUUAAUCACAGCCGUUCGGUUUCUAUCUUCUAUGUUCAGCUACUUCUUGUUCUCUAUUAUGUCUUACCCUACAGUACUGCACAGCCCGGAUUUCCCGGAACCCGGUCAACACCGAAUCAGACAACAACGCCGCCUAGUGAGUUCACGAUUGGGCCGAGAUUCAACCCGUCGAUGGCGAUCGUCAUGGUGGUCAUCGUCGGUAUCUUCUUCUUGUUGGGUUUCAUAUCCAUCUACAUCCGCCAGUGUGGCGCGGCCCGUUAUUAUGGCAGGCCCAAUCUCGACCCAACAUCUCUAGGCGGAAACGGGAGGCGAUCACGUGCGGUGCGUGGGCUUGAUCCGGAAGUCAUCGAGACUUUCCCUACUUUUGUUUACUCCUCCGUGAAGGGACUCAAAAUCGGUAAAGGCUCACUUGAAUGUGCUGUGUGUAUAAACGAGUUUGAGGACGAUGAAACGCUGCGUUUGAUUCCUAAAUGUAGCCACGUCUUCCAUCCCGCUUGCAUCGAUGCCUGGUUGAGAUCCCACGUCACCUGCCCGGUUUGCCGAGCCAACUUGGUGCCUAAACCGGGUGAGGUAGAUUACAGUACGGUUCAUAUGUUCGAACCGGAUAACAUUCCGGAACAUCAAUCUGAUAACAAUCGGGCGCAAACCGAGGUGUCAAUCCACGUGGCAGAGGGCAAUAGUAAUAGAGGGUUGAGUAUGCAAUCUCCGGAGUUGAAUGUAAUUAAUCCGACGAUCAGCAAUCGCCCGGCGAGGUCAAAGUCAACUGGGUGGCGGUUGAGUAGUCUAUUUCCACGUUCACAUUCGACCGGUCAUUCACUGGUUCAAGCGGGUGCUAGUCACGAGCGGUUCACGCUAAGAUUACCAGCGGAGGUGCGGAGUCAGCUUAUGAAUUCGACAUUGAAUCGGUCUAAAAGUUGUGUGGUUUUUCCUAGGGCACAAAGCAUGAAAAAGGGAUUUAGGAGUGCAAGUACCGGACGCAGUGCAAGUGGAAGGAAUUAUUUUCAAUACGAGCGGUUUGGCCAGGAGGGGCGGCCCGAUCGGUGGGUGUUCACUGCCACACCACCAUUUUUAACUAGAGCCGGUUCGGUUCGGUCUCCAAGAGUUGGUGGUGGUAAUGGAUCAAAUGCAACAGCGCUAAAGAGUUUUGGCAAAUCUCUUAGAUUGCCAAUUGAUGAGAGCGACAUUGGUGAACGGUCGUCUGAUAGGUUACGGCCUGAUGUUUGAAGUUUAAUGAGGUCGAAGUUAGGUAGCGUGGAUUGGGCUGUUGAGCAUAUACGAUUUUCUGUACAUAAAUUUUUUUUUGCCUUAUCUGUUUUUCUAUAUUUCUCUUUUUGAUUUGAUUGGUCUUAGUUUAUAUA